AGUAAACGAAAAAGUGAACUAAAAUGAGGGCUACACUCGCAUUGACUCUAUUGCUCGGUUGCCUUUCAGGAAUUUUGGCACAACAAGCCAACAUAGACACCUCGGUGUCCAAGGACCUGGUGACGGGCUGCCUCAAGGAGAACGGAGUCACUCCCCAGGAUCUUGCCGACCUGCAAACGGGCAAGGUCAAGGCCGAGGAUGCCAAGGACAAUGUGAAGUGCUCCGCCCAGUGCAUUCUGGUCAAGAGCGGAUUCAUGGACUCCACAGGCAAACUGCUGACCGACAAGAUUAAGUCUCACUAUGCGAACACGAGCUUUAAGGAUCUCAUCGAAAGGGACUUGGGCAGGUGCAGCGCGAUCAAGGGCGCCAAUGCCUGUGACACGGCCUUCAAGAUAUUGGCCUGCUUCCAGCAAUCCACUUAGGGCCUUAACAAUCCAACCAAUCGGUAGAAAAGAAGAGCAAUAAAGGCUUGCAGUAGAAAUUAAAGCAAAACCAUUAGUUCCAAAA